AUGGAACAGAAAGAAGAGCAAGUCACACAGCAUAGUCACUGUGUGCUGCCCCUUCUGUCACUUACAGCUCACCACCCCGACCAACCUCCCACUUGGAGUGUUGCGGAUGAGUUCUCUCAGCAGAAUGCUACAAACCAGUCCUUUUGUGGACCAUCUUGCUCCACACCUACAGCGGUGUCAAAGCAAAGAGUCAUGUGGUACACCUAUCAGAACCAGGGAGGCUCUGGGUGCCCAUGGCAUGUUGAUUUGCAAAGCAGCUUCCCUCUAUUGUCAUUGUCAUCAUCAAAAGUCAAUCAUGUUGUCAUUGUGUAG